UUUAAUGCCCCCCCGCCUGGAUUGUUCUGGUAAUGUCAGGUAGCAUGGCCGAUCGUUGAGGGUGUGUUGACGUCUUCUAAUGUAUCUAUGGGAGUGAGUUGACUGUCGAUCCUUUUUGGAAGGUGAGUGUUGGGAGUGUGAGAUGACCUUGAAGGACUAGCAUUUACUUUUGCGAGGUUUAUGAGCUAGGAUUUAGUUCUGUCUGGUUUCGGAGCUAACGGGAAGUUGUGCUUGGUGUAAGAUGAGUGUGAGGAAUGUGAGGCUCUUUUAGGUGUAGUGUGAUUUCUCCUGUUUAGUUUAGCAUUGGUGGAUUGUGGCGUGGUGCGACUGUAGGCACAUUCUAGAGCUGUCGGAAGAGGGAGCUUAGUGGUGUAAGUUCUUGAGGAGGCAGGCCGUGACGGAGGUGGUGUAGCCCCAUGGAGCCUCCAGUAGCAGCCUCAGGUCCUGUAUUGAGGAGAACUGCCACUUUCAGUCAUCGUCAGGAGCGAGCACUGCAGGAUGUCAAUGGGCGAGUGAGCGUUGUGAACAAAAGCCAAGAGCAUCUGUCAAUGGUAAAGAGCACGGCGGAUGGUCAGAAGGUGGCGCGCUCUGCGAAGCAGUAUUCAGCAGUGGCUUCUCGAUACGCUGCCCCUCUUGCAUCUAAGAAGCAACCCCCGGGCAUUGGAAAUGAACCUCAGGCAGGCAGGGCAGCUCCAAGUCAUCAGAGGAGAUCUUCGACAGAUAACCUGAGCUCAUUCAAUCCUCCCAUGGUGUUUUCUGCCUCUCGAAGGGAUACGAGGCCGGACUCUUUAGCCAAGAAAGCGAUGGAAGAUAGCAAUUCCCUGGGCGCGAAACGACCUCGAGCUACCAUGAGGACGAGCUUGCUCGAGAAGAGGACGCAAUUGCAGGCUCGAGGCCCCCGGUUUUACUCUUCAGACAGGGGAGGAUGUUUGUGCUCGAAGAAAGGUUCAGUUCGGAGUUCUGUGGAGGUAUCUGGUGCUGGUACUGUUUCUCUGCUGUACUCCGCAGCUCACUGGCUGUUUUUAAUCAAGCUGGCAGAGGAAGAGAAGAAACACGACGUGGUGGUGGAAUUGUUCCGGCUGGCCUUGACAUUAAAAGCGGAGCCCAGUGAGGAUGUAAAGGUGCAGUUGAAGCUGUAUCAUGAAUCUCAUCCAACAGAUGAGUUAGCGCGGCGGCUUGUUGAAGAAUGCGAGGGCGUCAUGCAAGUAGAGAUGGCUUGCACGACUGUAGAAGCAGGCAGAGAAGGUCAAUUCAACUCAGAGGAGUCAAAUAUCUCGGUGACAAACCUCGCCAGGGUUGACACUGGUGUAUCUUUUGGGUUAAACAGUGGUUGUAGUGACGCUGACUUGGGCACCCCAUGUAUGCAAUCUGCGCCUUCCGAAGAGAAUUUAGACUUCACCCCAAAUGGUCGACAAGCGGUAAAAGAAAUAGAUGUGGACUCCUUGACGAAGAAAGUAGUCUCACAUACCGUACCUGAAGGUAUUUCAAUCACGGUUCCCGAAUCUAGCGCCGCCCAGCGGAAUGUCGUAACUUUUCCUGUCCCGUCUCAUGGGAGAAGGAAGAGCUGGCAAUGCAUAGGAGAGCAAUCAUCGAUUCCUUCUGCAGAGAAAUCAAAUGUAUUUCACAGGCACACGUAGAAUGCGGAUGCAGAAUUUCUGAGCGUCCGCUGCAAUGGU